GAACCUCGCGAGGCCUUCUUUGGGGGUCAAACAGGCGCCGUGGCCCUGCAUGCUGUGGCUGGGGAGGGUGAAGAGAUACGCUAUGUGGAUGUGACCUCCCUUUACCCGUGGGAGAACAAGAACUGCCCUUACCCCAUCGGUCAUCCGCAGAUCAUCACGCAACCCGUCGACCAGUCCCUGGGGUCGUAUUUUGGCAUCGCCACCGUGAACAUUCUUCCCCCUGCUGGCCUGUUCCACCCCGUCUUGCCCGUGUGCAGUGGCCAAAAACUCACCUUUCCUCUCUGCUGCUCCUGUGUUCAGGAAGAGCAAGCUAAACCCAUGUUGAACAGAACCCAUUAUUGCCCUCAUUGCGAUGCCGAUCGCACGCUACGCGGGACCUGGUGCACGCCCGAGCUGGUCAAAGCGGUGGAAAAGGGGUACACUCUGGACAAGAUCCACGAAAUCUGGCAUUUUCCCCCCGAACAACACCGAACAGGUCUCUUCAAGGACUAUGUCAAUACCUGCUUAAAGUUAAAACGGGAAUCGGCGGGGUGGCCGAGUUGGUGUCAGACCGUGGAGCAGAAACGAGACUACAUUCUUCGCUACCAGGAACGGGAGGGCAUCCGACUGGACAUCGCCAGCAUUGCCAAAAAUCCCGGACGCAAGGUUACCGCCAAGCUGAUGCUGAACAGCUUCUGGGGCAAAUUUGGCGAGCGUGUCAACAAACCACAACCGUCACAGUCAAGGAUCCUGCACAUUUGUUCAGUCUCAUCUCCAAUGCCGCUCUCGAUAUCAGCACUUUCCGCCUCUGUACCGACGACAUCUUGGAGGCCGUCUACACCAGCGUCCAAGAGAAGGCGGUCAAAGGGACCAAAACGAACAUCUUCGUAGCGGCUUCCACCACGUGUCAUGCUCGGCUCAAACUCUACGAGUCCCUCGAUACCCUUCAACAGCAAGUCCUUUACUAUGAUACCGACAGUGUCGUGUACAAGUGGCGUCCAGGCCAACCCAGCAUUGCGAUCGGCGAUUUUUUGGGAGAUAUGACAGAUGAAUUGGAUGGGGAUGUCAUCACCGAGUUUGUUUCCGGGGGCGCCGAGAAUUAUGGGUACCAGACC